AUGAAGAGAGACGUGACCGCGGCGGCGCGCGGGACAAACCCCGAGACCGUCACCGUCGCUCGCGCAGUCCAGCCGAUCGCCGGUACCGAGAACGAGAGCGCGAUAGGGAGCGCGAUAGGGAGCGCGAUCGGGAUCGGGAUCGUGACCGUGACCGUGACCGCGACCGCGACCAUGGCACCUAUCGACGCCGGGAUCGUUCCCGAGACCGCUCCAUAG